GGGAAUACGUACGCGGUUGUGCUGGGUGGUAGACAGCCGCCCGCCGUCGGCGAGGUGAGCCGUGGAUCAGAAUCGGCGGCGCCAUCUGAUCCGUGGCUUGGGAAGUUCACUUCCCGUGUACUGGUUGCAGGAGCGAGAGUUUUCAUGCCCAGCGCGUGGAUCAUUUGGAAGCCGAGGACUGCAGGAUAGAGGCCAGGAGCGCCGACGGCCAUGGACCGUGGUGUUUCUGAUGCAGACGGUCGGCAGAUCCACUCUGCUUGAGCUAGGGAAGACUUUGAUGCCUGCCCCCGUGGUUGUGAAUGGCCCUGCGGUGACGGAUUUUGAGGUGGCACAUCAGGCGGAGCGCGAGGCGGCGCAACAUCGGAUGGCGGACAGGGGCAAAGCACAAAUCUUCUCGGCAAAGGAGGCGGCAGCCGACAAAAGGGAGAGUUUGCCGCAGCCGCUAGAGCUGUCAACGAUGAAGAUGAAUCCCCAAGCGCCGGGAUGGAACACGAGGUUGACUGCUCUCUGCAUUCGUAAAAUUGAUGCUAUAUGUAGCUGUUUUGCGGGCUUAGGAUUGGUGCCGCCGCUCCUAGAAGAACACCGUGCCCAAAUUGUAUCAGUGCGUUCGAGAAGGCAGCUAGAUGCUCGCAGAGAACCUAGCUGAAAACGUGAUCACACCGGUUCUUGGUCCUACUUUCAACUCUUAGGCAGAGGUGUACAACUUCUACAAUCUGUACUCAUGGGAGAAGGGGUUUGGCAUCUGGUAUGGGAAGAGCCGGCUAAAUGCCGAGAGGACAAAGUGCAUCCAGGAGAUAGUGUGUGGGUGCUCGGGUGAAGCUCGUGUUGAGAACACAAGGUCCUGGAGGUGACGAGUUUGAAACUUUGAAUGCGAAUGUGGUCAGUUUGCUCACAUGGGAUUGUUACGUAGCCAUGUCCUGAAGGUAGUUUGAAUGUGGGUAUCACAUUAUCCAAAUAUGCUGAACAUCUUGUUUUUUGGUUGCAUUCAGGUGCUCGAUUUCAUCAGAAUAAAAGAAAUUCCACAGAAGCACAUAGUUAAUAGGUGGACCAGAGAUGCAAGGUAUAUUCUGCCUGCUCACCUUACACAAUAUCAGAGGGACUAUGCUCACAAGAAUCCAUUCAGUUUUACGCAUUUCACUGUGUGCUUCCUUGGUGUAUGGGGCCAAAAAAUGUUUGUCGGACUAGUGUGUCCGUCAUCAUUUUCGAUGUUGUAAUUCUGAACUUAUCCUGAUUCCAUGUUUGAUAAAACCCAUUAUGGUUUGUGAAUCCAUGUUCUCAGGAUUUCCUAGGAUUAUGACUAUCCAAGGAAAGAGUUUGACAUGCUAGUACUGUUUCUGAAUUUUCGCUGAAGUGUGAUGCCUGCCUUGGAUAUUUGAUGAGCGUAACUCUAGAUUUAUACAUAUUUGAAUUCUUGGGUAAUACUCCCUCUGUCCCAUAAUAUAAGAAUGUUUUUUAAGCUAACAUAGCUUGAAAAACGUUCUUAUACUGUGGGACGGAGGGAGUACUAAGUUUUCUGAAUAUGUAACAUUGAAUUUAUACAGUCUUGUAAUUGUAAGUUUUCUGAAUAUGUAACCCUGAAUUUAUAGUCUUGCUGCGUGUGCACUGCUGAGCAAUAUGCAACAGUUCAUGCAAAUGCAUCCAAUGUGGUUCAGUUUUUCAUCCUGGCUGUUGGGGACGAUUGUGUCUCUAGUGUUGCUUGUUCAUUGGUGCAUAAUAUUUAAUGGCAGUAACUUGGGAGGUUGCAUUGCUGGUAAGUGUAAGCAUGCCGCAGGUGGCACGCUCUCGAUGGUUCCAUCUGAUUUGAAUUUCGAAAGACUAGAGCAUGAGAAGCAGAGGCUGUCUUACAUAAACGGGAGCAGAGUAGCCGCUGGAGUUUGUCUCACCUCCAGCAAUUGCUAGGGAGCAAAUUGGCGUGGCUCCUUCAAAGCUAUCUGGAUCUGGAUCAACC